AUUUGAUUGCUGUUCGAAAGGGGAAAGUAUUAAUUAUAUCGAAUGAGAGAGAUUAAGACAAUCUAAUGAUCUAGCUUCCGUCCCUUUACUUGUUCUUCAAAAACACAUACCAAUCUGCCUCUGAAAAACUCGAGUCAGAUUCAAAUUCAGUACCAUUUUGAUAAAAAUUUAAGUGUGAUGUUUACACUUUAGAACGUUUCUGAGACCAUUUUGCGGUAUAGAAAACAGUGAUCCAAAACGCUUCACGAUUGAGGGUACAAGUUAAUUGCUCUGCGAUCUGCACAAUCAUUUUUAAGGUAGAGUCUAAAUAAGACAUAUUGGAGAAUAAAUAGAAAAUAUCAUCCUCCUAGAUGAUAAGAUCAUGUUAACAAUCUUCACAUGAUAUAUCGAGCUAAAGCUCAAUGUGUUAGAAGAUCAGAUCAUCACCUAGAUCAUUCAAUAAUUUGUGGUAUAUGAUGGCAAAGAUGACCAAACUUUACAGCACUGACACUUCGGCUAGCAGCAAUAACUAUUAACUAGUGCCAUUGAUUCAUGCAAACAGAUUUGUUACUCUUUUGCCACGCUUAGGAGUUUGUAUUGGGUUCUACUCAACACUAUGCAAGUAAUAUUUUAACAUUGGUACCCUUAUAGCUUGCAAUAUCAGCUUCAGCUUUAAAUAUAUGAAUGCAUCUGUCAACGGCUAAACUUAUAUAAAAAUGAGAGAACUAAUUGCAGAAGAAAAUCAUUCAUUUAUACUUGUUCAAAAGAACAAAUAUUUAUUUACUAAGAAGAGAAAAUUUAAGCAUUAGCUUCGCGUGGUUAAUUAAGCGCAAUAAACACCUCAGUUGAAUAUCAAUUUGAAAUGCUUAUGCAAACUCACAUGUAUUGUUCAUUACUCAUGUUCAUCUCUAAAUUGCAUUGCUUAGAACCUUAGCGUCCUUCAAUUUGAAAUAAGCAUAAUCCUAAAAACAAAGCUGUCCUUUUACAUUAAAAAAUAAUAAAAGCAUCAUCUGUGCACAUGUUGAAGCUUUGGAUUUGCAUGACCGUUAAUAUCCACGUGUGCAUUCGUAAAUAGAGAAAAGUAGUUGGUGAGUUAGUGUUAUAUGACAGGCGUGUACUUUAUCGUUGCUUUAAUUUUCGCAAACCUCGUUUCGGACACAGUUGCCACCUUCAGCAACAAGAUCUUCCUUUCAGACCUUUCUACCUUUUCUACUUAUUUCACGUUAUUUAAUAUUUGCGCUACGAAACUUCUUAAGAAGUCUCUAAAAUUUCUCCUCCUGCUCAUAAAUGUCCAGGUCAACGCUUCUAUAUACAUAGUGAUUGGACAUUGAAAUCAGAAAAGAAAAUAGUGGAUGAAUCUGGUCUUGUAACAUAUUAGCCUUUAUCAUCAAGAGAGUUAUAGUUAUGCAACAAGAAGAGGAAAAUCUGAAGGAUCCCUGUGGUGAAGAAAAAGAAGGAGAAGAAGAAGAAGAUGAAGAAAGGAAGAAGGGUAGUGUCUGGUGUGGUUGUAUCUGCAUCCCUGUGCAUUGGUUUAAGAUGCUAUCAAGGGAAAUGCAUUGGAGCUUUGUGUUUGGUGUGAUAAUAGUUUAUGGAGUGAGUCAAGGACUUGGUGGAGGCCUUUCUGGUGUUGGAACAAAGUAUUACAUGAAAGAUGUUCAGAAAGUGCAGCCAUCACAAGCACAGGUUUAUGCAGGAAUCACUUCCAUUCCUUGGAUUGUUAAGCCUUUGUGGGGUCUUCUUACAGAUGUUCUUCCCAUUCUCGGAUAUCGCAGGCGACCUUAUUUCAUUUUUGCUGGUUUCAUAGGAGUGAUUAGCAUGGUUCUAUUAUCUUUGCAUGAAAACCUGCACAUUAUGUUGGCCAUUUUGGCAUUAACUGCUAGUAGUACUGGUGUGGCUAUAGCUGAUGUUACCAUUGAUGCUUGUGUGGCACAGAACAGUAUCACCCAUCCUUCACUGGCCGCCGACAUGCAAAGUUUAUGCGCCUUCAGUAGUUCUGUAGGAGCAUUAUUAGGAUUCUCCAUUGGUGGUAUCUUUGUUCAUCUCAUAGGCCCUAUGGGGGUGUUUGGUUUGAUGACAAUCCCUUCUGGACUUUUAAUUUUGCUUGGGUUUAUGCUUGAUGAGCCUUAUAUGCCUAACUUUGCCUACAAACAGGUGAACCAAAAGUUUGUUGAUGCUAGCAAGUCUAUGUGGACAACACUGAAGAAGGAUGAUGUAUGGAAGCCUUGUUUAUACAUGUAUUUAUCAUAUGCUUUGAGUCUGAAUAUCUUUGAAGGAUUGUUCUAUUGGUAUACAGAUCCAAAAGCUGGGCCAUCUUUCUCUCAGGAGACAGUUGGUUUCAUAUUCUCAAUUGGUUCAGUUGGGGCCCUUUUAGGUGCAUUACUAUAUCAGUAUGCAUUAAAGGAUUAUGCAUUCAGAGACCUCCUCUUCUGGACUCAGCUAAUAUAUGCAUUAUCAGGCAUGGUAGAUUUGGUUAUGGUGUUGAGAUUGAACCUCAAGUUUGGUAUACCAGAUUACUUGUUUGUAAUGAUAGUUGAUAGUGUUGCUCAAAUGACUACUAGACUCAAAUGGAUGCCCAUGCUUGUACUCAGUGCAAAGCUUUGCCCUUCAGGUAUUGAAGGCACAUUCUUUGCAUUAUUAAUGUCCAUUGAUAACUUUGGAGUGCUAUCUUCUUCAUGGGGUGGAGGACUUUUGCUUCACUUGUUUAAGAUUACAAGAACAAAGUUUGAUAAUCUUUGGUUAGCUAUUUUGCUGAGGAACAUCUUAAGGAUCACACCACUUUGCUUGCUUUUUUUGGUGCCUAAAGCUGAUCCUAACUCUUCCAUUCUUGCAACAAGUGAAAGCUUGGAUUCAGAAGUGGUUAUUGAAACUUCUGAAAUGGAGAAUAAUAUUGAAUUGGUUUCACUUGUGAACAAUGUUGAUGCCAUGUAGCAAAGCAAUAAUAAAUUUAAGAAACAUUCUUUCAGAUUCUCAAUCUCCAUUACACACAAAUGAUCAAGCCAAUGUUGUAGCAAUAUUUUUAGAGAAGUGACAAGAAAUUGAGAAUCCUUCAAUUGAAUGUUGUACUUUUCUUUAAUUUCUUUUAAUUAAUGUAUCU